AUGCUCCUGCUGAUCUCGCAUCUGUCAGCAACGUCCGUCGUGCGGCAGCCCGCCGCCGCCUCUCGCUGCGCCGCCGCUCGCCUCCAGCUCUCUCCCUCCGAGCCGGAGUCGACGUUUCGGGCGUGGCUCGAGUCGCAGGGGCCAGCGGACGCCAGCCUGCCAAUCGGAGCGCUGCGCGACAUCUGGCAGGCUGUCCUCGGUGCGGCCGACGCCUCAGCGCCGCCCGUCAGCGUGCUCCUCCUCCCCGACUGCGCGUGGCUCGAGCGGUGGGAGCGGAUGGAGGCGCUCGACGCGCACCUCCGCUCGUGCCGCCCGUCCUGCUCGCUCCUCGGCUCGACGGUGCGGCUGCAGGCGCUGCACCCGGGCUCGCAGCCAACCUCGCCGGAUGAGUCGCCGCUGGAGGUGGAGCGCCGCCGUGCCCCGCUCCCGGCCUUCACCCUCUCGCGGCCCUCCGCGCUCCGCCCGGCCGGCUUCGAUGGCCUUCCGCCAGAGGAGCGCCCCGCCGGACCUGGCGGCGCUGCCGACGAGGAGGAGGCGGAGGCGGCGGAGGAGGAGGUGCUCGCGGCCCGGGCGGCGCUCGAGAGGCAGUUUGCGCUGCAGGCGGCGUCCGGCGUCGUGCCGCCGCCGCCUCCUCCUCCUCCGAACGUGCGCGUCGUCGAGUCGGUGGCGGGUGCUUCGACGGAGCCGGCCGCGGUCCUCGCCUCGACGAUGGAGUGGUGGCGUGGCUACUACUCGACCGUGCACCGCCUGUUUGGCCACCGGCAGCGGCGCGUCGUCUGCAGCGCCGGCUCGGCGGAGGAGGUCUUCGCCAGCUUCUGGAGCGAGGCGGCUCGGCUGUUUGGCGACGUCGACGCGGCGGCGCUGCCGGCGGGCGUCUCGGCGCUGUGCGAGCCGGACGACGCGCUCUCGUCGCUUCUUGUCGUCGCGGGGGAGGCGGCGGAGCUGGACGCCUACCGCGCCGUGCGGCAGAACCUCGCGCUCGCGCUAGCGCUGCUCGGCCUCGCCGAGAGCUUCACGCUCUCCGCUUUCCACCCGCGCGACACGUUCGAGCUCCGAGUAGAGGAGGACGGCAGCCGCACCUGGACCCGGACGCUGCCGCACCCGCUCGUGCCCAUCGUCAAGCACAGGUCGGACAAGUGA